CAUAACCUAAGAUAUUUGUUUACGUAUCCUACGUGUCCCCAACUUUGACGUUUUCAGUUGUAAAGCGUGAAUACUUUUGUGUUGUAAAGAGCAAAAUUAUAGUUUUGCAAUGUUUUGUGGUUUUGCACGAAUAAACAGCCAUAUUAGAUAAUAAAUUAAUUGUGAGAACCCGUUUUGUGACGACUGUAUAGCUGGUUCAAAUCUGUCUUGACAGCAGUGCAGAAUGGCAGACAACAAAGUAGUACUGGUAACAGGUGGAUCAGGCUUGGUUGGAAAAGCAAUACAGACAUUUGUUGAAACCGAAAAAAGAAACGAUGAAACCUGGAUCUUUUUGAGUAGUAAAGAUGGAGAUCUUUGGUAAUUCUUAGACAGUAAAUAAUGAUUGGCUCUAGUAAGGGCGAGAACCUACUAGGCGUCUUAAAAUGAUCUAGGUAGCCAGAUGCUUAUAUAAGUAUAGUUACCAUUUGUCUUAAAAGCUUGACUUCUUCAGAUAGAGACAAAAAUCAAACAUUUUUUCAUUACUUAGAAUAAUGGCAACCUUGGGAUGUAUUUUAACUUCCUAAGUGACGGUAUUGUAAGUGCUAAAAAUUUUGAAAAUGAUAAUUCUUUCUUUGAUGUUAUAUGAUGUAUAUCAUAAAAACCAAUGUCACUCAUUGUCAUCUGAUGGACUCUCUGUCUGCAAAUCCUUGGUCCAUAUAUAACUUGGAGAGGACUGCUCAGAUUUGGAUGAAAUUUCUACACAAGGUUACUACUGUUUCAAGGACGAAGCAGCUUUGUACUUUUUGAAAAUCGGUCCAGUAGUCAGCAGAGAAAAAAGCCAAAGACAAAAAAAUAGAAUUUGCUCAAACUUGGUUUUCUUGACAUUCCAGAUGAUCCUGAAUUCCAUUUUUGAAAAAACCUUUUGGUUCAAUUUCUCUAUUGUACAUGUUCAUAACUAUUUUUUGUUCAUAGGGUUUAAGUUCUGCUGAACUGUAUCCUUUAUGAACUGAUGAUGCCAUUUUUUACAUUAUAUUGAAGUUUUUAAGCUAUUAAUGUAGUCAUUACCACAUGAGUAAAGUUCAUCCUUAAAUGUAUUUGUUCACCAUAUUCUUUAGUCACUGAUCAAAAUUGUUUAAUUAAAUGGUUUAUUAAAAAAAAUAUUUUCAAGUGAUAAAGAGACCACAAAGCAGAUUUUUGAGAAAUACAAACCUACACAUGUCAUACACUUGGCUGCAAUGGUAGGAGGACUUUUCCACAAUAUGUCACACAACUUAGACUUUUUGAGGAAUAACCUACACAUCAAUGAUAAUGUUUUACAUACAAGCUUUGAGUAUAAAGUGAAAAAAGUUGUAUCGUGUCUAUCUACAUGUAUAUUUCCUGAUAAAACUACAUACCCUAUUGAUGAAACUAUGGUUCACAAUGGUCCACCACAUCCUUCCAAUUUCGGAUACAGUUAUGCUAAAAGACUGAUAGAUGUGCAAAAUAAAGCAUAUUACCAACAACAUGGCUGCAUCUUCACAUCUGUGAUACCUUGCAAUGUUUUUGGACCUCAUGAUAACUACAAUUUGGAAUCAAGUCACGUCAUUCCAGGCCUCAUUAGGAAACUACAUGACAUCAUGCAAAAUGUGUUUACGGCAAAGCCGUUAAGUUAAUGCAAGACGUAUUUUCUGUAUCUGUCAUCUGGACGAAAACUUGUUUGCUGGUUAAGUUGGAUACAUAGAUUAGGAAUAUGGUGCCCAGACGGCGGUUCAUUUUUAAAACCAAACUGGGUGGCACGAGGCUUCUUGCAAUGAAUGCGAGUAACGAGACAUUGAGACAUUAAUAAGAUGAACGCAGAAAAAAUCACCAUAAUUUUUUAUAGGUGGAGAUACCUUCACAGUGAUGGGAACAGGGAAACCACUGAGGCAAUUUAUUUACUCUUUAGAUUUAGCUAAACUAUUUUUAUGGGUCCUCAGAGAAUACAAUGAAGUUGAACCUAUUAUUCUGUCAGGUAA